AUGGCAGCAGCCCUCCCUAUUUCACAACCAUCCAUCAGAGGCCAGAACCACAACAGAAUACAGUAUCAGUCGAGAAGAUGGAACGCGACUGCUGCAGCAGUGCAGGAAGCGGCAGUCCACGAUCCCACAUCGCUCUCACAGGAGGCCAUCGUCGAGAAUCUGGAUCCGAAAGAGGCAGCACGACUAGACAAAGUUCGCAACAUUGGUAUCGCGGCGCAUAUCGAUUCGGGCAAGACGACAGCAACAGAAAGAGUCCUGUUCUAUACUGGGCGGAUUAAGGAUAUUCAUGAGGUCAGAGGAAGAGACAAUGUUGGCGCAAAGAUGGACAGCAUGGACUUGGAGAGAGAGAAGGGUAUUACUAUCCAAUCUGCUGCAACAUUCUGCGAUUGGGUCAAGAAGACUCCAGAUCCUGUCACUGGCGAACUGAAAGACGAGAAAUACCACAUCAACUUGAUCGAUACCCCCGGACAUAUUGACUUCACCAUUGAAGUGGAAAGAGCGUUGCGAGUACUGGAUGGCGCCGUUAUGAUUCUGUGUGCUGUGAGCGGUGUUCAGAGUCAGACAGUCACCGUCGAUCGUCAGAUGAAGCGAUACAACGUUCCUAGGAUAUCCUUUGUGAACAAAAUGGACCGAGCUGGAGCCAACCCCUGGAAGGCAGUCGAUGGUAUCAGCCAGAAGCUGAGAUUGCCAGCCGCAGCAGUCCAGAUUCCGAUCGGUGUCGAAGACGAGUUCAAGGGCGUAGUUGACCUCAUCAGAAUGAAGGCAAUGUACUCCGAGGGCUACAAGGGAGAAGAGAUUCGCGAAGAUGAGGUUCCGGCUGAUUUGAAGGAGCUUGCUCAACAAAAGAGAGACCUCCUGAUUGAGACUCUGGCAGAUGUCGACGAGGAGAUCGCAAACGUCUUUUUGGAGGAGCAGACCCCUUCACCCGAGGAGAUCAAAGCUGCCAUCCGCCGUGCCACCAUCUCACUCAAAUUCACCCCAGUUUUCAUGGGCUCUGCUCUUGCCGACAAAGCUGUGCAGCCUAUGCUUGAUGGCGUCGUCGACUACCUCCCCAACCCGUCAGAAGUUGAGAACUUGGCUUUGGAUCGAAAGCGAGAUGAAGCUUCUGUCAAGCUCGUAUCGUACAACUCCUUGCCAUUCGUUGGUCUGGCCUUCAAGCUUGAAGAGUCCAACUUCGGCCAGCUCACCUACGUCCGCGUAUACCAAGGUUCACUGCGCAAGGGCCAAAACGUCUUCAACGCACGAACGGGGCAGAAGGUGAAGAUUCCACGUAUUGUACGAAUGCACUCCAACGAAAUGGAGGAAGUGCAGGAAAUCGGCGCUGGAGAAAUCUGUGCCGUCUUCGGUGUUGACUGUGCAUCUGGGGAUACCUUCACCGAGGGCGGUCUGGGCUACUCCAUGACCAGCAUGUUCGUUCCAGACCCUGUCAUCUCCCUCUCUAUCAAGCCGAAAAACACCAAGGACACCCCGAAUUUCAGCAAGGCCAUCUCUCGUUUCCAGCGCGAGGACCCUACAUUCCGAGUCCAUGUGGAUACUGAAUCUGGAGAGAGCAUCAUCAGCGGUAUGGGCGAAUUGCAUCUCGACAUCUACGUCGAGCGCAUGAAGCGUGAAUACAAGGUCGAAGUCGUCACUGGACAGCCACAAGUCGCAUACCGAGAGACUCUCCAACAACACGUUCCAUUCGACCACCUGCUCAAGAAGCAGACUGGAGGUGCUGGUGACUACGCUCGUGUCGUCGGUUACAUCGAACCCACUGGCCAGCUUGGUGAGAACAAAUUCGAGUCCCAGAUUGUUGGAGGUACCAUCUCUGAGAAGUAUCUCUUUGCUUGCGACAAGGGUUUCCAAGAGUCGUGCAGGAACGGGCCAUUACUUGGCCACAGGGUUCUCGGUGCCAGCAUGGUCAUCAAUGACGGAGCAACCCAUAUGACAGAUUCCAGCGAAAUGGCUUUCAAGAACGCUACCCAGCAAGCCUUCCGAAAAGCUUUCAUCGCUGCCCAGCCCCAGGUGCUCGAGCCGCUCAUGAAGACGACCAUCACAGCACCAAAUGAAUUCCAAGGCAAUGUCGUCGGAUUAAUGAACAAGCGCAAUGCUGUCAUCAACGAUACAGAGAUUGGUCCAGAGGAGUUUACUUUGCAGGCUGACUGUUCGCUCAAUGGCAUGUUCGGUUUCUCAUCACAACUGAGAGCUGCCACUCAAGGGAAGGGCGAGUUCUCGAUGGAGUUCUCGCACUAUGCACCGGCGCCCAUGCAGCUGCAAAAGGAAUUGAUUGCCAAGCACGAGAAGGAGAGGGCGGAGAAGAACAAGAAGUAG